CCCGCUGUUUGCAGGCUGCGCGCAGAGCUGCACAGGGAUGGAUUUAAGCAGAUGAUAGCUGAACACACGAGAGAUGCUGCAGGAGAAAGUGUCAGCGGUGACGGAUGAAUGUAUGACCGGCGGAGGCGGCAGCGAGGAGACGGGUCUACUUCCAGACCAGUCACAACUCCGCCUGUCCACAGCUCCCAGCAUCCCCAGCUCGAGUGAGCCUGAUCAGCACAACAUCGAGAACAUAAAGGUUGUUCUUCAUGAGAGGGAGCUGUGGAAGAAGUUCCAUGAGGCCGGCACAGAGAUGAUCAUCACAAAAGCAGGCAGGAGGAUGUUCCCAAGCUACAAGGUAAAAGUGAGUGGGAUGAACCCCAAAACCAAAUACAUCCUACUUAUUGACAUCGUCCCUGCUGAUGACCACCGCUACAAGUUCUGUGACAACAAGUGGAUGGUGGCUGGCAAAGCAGAGCCAGCAAUGCCAGGCAGACUUUACGUGCACCCUGACUCCCCUGCCACUGGAGCUCACUGGAUGAGGCAGCUGGUGUCGUUUCAGAAGCUCAAGCUAACAAACAAUCACCUGGACCCUUUUGGGCAUAUAAUCCUGAACUCUAUGCACAAGUAUCAGCCAAGACUACACAUUGUCAAGGCUGAUGAAAACAAUGCCUUCGGAUCCAAGAACACUGCCUACUGCACUCAUGUCUUUCAUGAGACGGCUUUCAUCUCUGUAACCUCUUACCAAAAUCACAAGAUCACACAGUUGAAGAUAGAAAAUAAUCCAUUUGCCAAAGGAUUCAGAGGGAGUGAAGAAGGAGAUCUGCGUGUUUCCAGAUUACAGGGGAAAGAAUAUCCGGUGAUUUCAAAGAACAUGGUUCGACAGAGGCUCAUCUCUUCACAUAGUCAUCUAGCAGGGAAGCUCGGGGCAGGAGUUCUUACUGGACACCCUCAGGUCCUGUCUUCUUAUCAGUAUGAGAGCGGGGUUCCUCUGUCCAACUCUGACCCACAAGAUCCAAUCUCAAACCACUUUUCUCAAAGCAGAGAUCCCAGCCUUUUGUACCACUGCUUCAAGCACAGAGACGGUGCCAGACAUCUGGAGCUUGGAUGUAAGCGGCCAUACCUGAAUUCAUCAUCCGCAGUCUCAGAGGAGCACUACUUUCGUUCAGCUCCAUCAUACGACUCGCCUUUACUGUCUCAUCCCUACUGCACUGAGACAAUCAACUCUAGAGAAGCUUGUAUGUAUGGUGCUAUGGAAACGGAGUCUGGGUCAGGGGCAGGGGACACAGAUGACCUGACAAACUCCUCUUCAAUUAACUGCAACAUGUGGGCUACUAUGCAACCCUACCCUCGCUAUAGCAUGGAGGGUGUCCCAUACCAGCCCUUUGCUGCUCACUUCAGCAACACUGCCACAGUCACACCAGUUGUACCACACCCUUCCUCAUCCAUGGCUUCACGCCCCCAGACCGACUUGGGGGUCUACAAUUCAGCUACAGCUCAGCGAGGUUUGCCAGUGAUACCUCCACCAUCCUCCUCUUCAUCCUGCUCUCCAGCUGUUCUGGGAUCCAGAGAAAGGCCAGGCCAUCCACCACUGUACCACAAAAAGCCAGGGUCUCCAAUUCGGCCUCACAGAGAUUUCUCAGCAUAUCCGACUCAAGGCACUAUAUCCAUUCGGGAUUCAUCCUAUCAUCAGUACCAAGUAGGGCUGAGCAGCACAGGGACUCACUGGAGUGACAGUUAA